UGACCAAAUUCCAGUCGUAACCGCUGCCUUCCUCUUCCCCAAAUCCCGUGCUAAAACCAAAAUAGGGUUUCUCGCCACCGGCGGCGGGAUGGGCCGCAACUCAGCGGAGCACCGCCGUCAGUGCCCUCCGCGGCGGCACGCCCCCGAGGAUAUGGCCUCGCUGCCGAUCCCCGACGAACUCCUCGCCGAAAUCUUCGUUCGCCUGCCCACCCCAGCCGACCUCGUCCUCGCCUCCGCCGCCUGCGUCUCCUUCCGCCGCGUCGUGGCCGACCGCUCCUUCCUCAGGCAGUUCCGCAAGCUCCACGCGCCGCCCCUCCUCGGCUUCCUCGGCCCGCACACCGGCUUCGACCCCGCCGAGCGGCCUCACCCCUCCGCAUCUGCGGCCAGUGCCGUCGCCCUCGCCGCCGACUUCUCCUUCUCGUUCCUUCCGCCCCCCGGCCCCGCUCACCGCUGGGCUCUCUGGGACGUCCGCGACGGCCGGGUCCUCCUCCGCGGGAUGCCCCUGGAAGAUUCUCAUGGAGUCGUCUUCACAGAGACGGUGGUGUGCGACCCUUUGCACCGGAGGUACCUCAUGCUUCCCUCAAUCCCUGACGACGUAGCAGCUACCGUGGAGGGGCCACGCCCACAUUCAUGCGAGAUUUUCCUUGUUCCCGAAGGCGGCAAUGAGGACGAUGAGUCAACAGCCGCUGAAGAGACGUCAUUCAGAGUGAUCUGGAUGGGGCACUAUGAAGAUAAGCUCAUCACCUAUGUCUUCUCUUCCAGCACCAGACAAUGGCAAGCCAUUCGAUCCCUUACCUGGACCAAUUUGUCAGCUGGCUCGCUAUCAUCGACAGAGAUGACACUCUUCUGCCAGCGCCAAUACGUGUAUGGCUGCUUUUACUGGCUGCCAAAUUCGAAGCACGGAAUAAAAAUGUUGGUGCUCAACACCCGUAAGAUGGAGUUCUCCGUUGCUGAACCCCCAGCUGAACCCAAAGUUUGUUACAGACAUAUAACCAUGGUGGAGGCAGGAGAAGGCAGGCCCGGGCUGGUUGUCCUUACAUACGGCCCACGCGGCCACAUUUAUACCAUUUGGAGAAACAAUAAUGGGAGUUCCAGCCAAUGGCAAAAGGAUAAGGUAAUCCCACCCUCACCGGGAUCUGGGUACGUGCUCAGACAGUCGAUGGGGACACAUUUGCUUUUGAAUCACUGGGGGUUCUCAUCCUUCGACGAAGAAUUAUGCACAGACUUAUGCACGUUGGACAUGAAAACAUUAAAGAUUGAGAGAGUGUGUGCUUCCACAGUGCAGAGCUUCGCAUAUAGCAACUAUCCACCAUCGUUGUCGUCACCGACAAUAUCAAAUGAAAUGGACAAUGUUGAAGUUACCGCUGCAAGUGGAAACUCCGGGAAAAGUGGGGUCAUUGUAUGGACCACUUCCAUGACCAACACUAUGCUAGGUUUUUUGGCUGACCUUGUUGCUAAAGGGAAGAGAACUUCUAGUGGAUUCAGGGAGACACAUCUCAAACAAUGUGCUGCUGUUUUGAACGAGCAAUUCAAGCUAACUAUCACCUCUGAUCAAGUUAGAAACCAUCUCAAGAAGUGGAGGAAGAUUUGGGUCAGGGUUGUCAAUUUGAAGAAUUUAAGUGGAGCUCUAUGGGAUGAAGAUACUUGCACAAUUAGGCUCAGCGAUGAGCACUAUGCAGGUCAUUGUAUGACCCACAAACCUGAUGCUCCCUUCUUGAAUAACUCAAUUGAACACUAUCAUGCUAUGGCGACCAUUUUUGGAACAACCGGGGCUAAAGGGAUGAAUGCAAGGUCUGGAAAUGAUCUCCUUUCUAUUGACGUCGAUGAUGAGGAGAAUGGUGAGGUGAAUGGUGAGAUCAACACGUCACCGCAAGUUGGUGAGUCUUCUGACCCCAAAGGACCACCAAAAAAGAAGGCCAAGGUGGUGAAAGUUCUAGAGGAUCCACUAGGUGCCAUUCUCAAAGAUGGGUUUAAACUUGUGGCUGAAGCUCUUGUGAAAUCUGGUGGAGAUGAUGAUGAUAUACCCGAUGACCUUUGGGAUGUAGUCUCUUGUUUGAAAGAAUUUGAUGAAGAACACCUUGCCCAUUACUAUGCUCAUCUUGUUGACAACCCCAAGACUGCAAGGGCCUUCAUGAAGCUUUCCGAAACCAACAAAUCUGUUUGGGUGAGUAGGUAUGUGAAGAAGAACUUCUAAAUUUGAUAUGGUUGUCAAGUAUGUGAACUUGGCAUGUAUGGCUGUAGUGCCAUUGGGUUGCUUUUGGAUGUUUGGUAUGUGAACAUGUAUGGCUGUAGUGCCAUUGGGUUGCUUUUGGAUGUUUGGUAUGUAAACAUGUAUGGCUGUAGUGCACUUUCCUUGGUUAUUUGUAUGUGAAAGACAUGUACUGCCUAUUUGUAUGUGAAAGACAUGUAUGUGCUGAUUGCUUUUGGAUGUACCAAA